AUGUCGUCCUCAUCCUCCUCCGUCCCCGCGCUCAACACACCCCUCACCAAGCUCCUGGGCAUCAAGUACCCGAUCAUGCUGGCGGGCAUGGCGCGCACGUCGGGCGGGCCUCUGGCGGCCGCGGUCUCGAACGCCGGCGGCAUCGGCACCAUUGGCGGUCUGGGGUAUACGCCGAAGCAGUUGCAGGAGAUCAUUGACGACCUCAAAUCCAACCUCACCGACCCCUCACUCCCCUUCGGCGUGGACCUCGCCCUCCCGCAAGUCGGCGGGAACGCGCGCAAGACCAACCACGACUACACGCACGGGCAGCUGGACGAGCUGAUCGAGGUGACGAUCCGCAACGGGGCCAAGAUCUUCGUGAGCGCGGUCGGGGUGCCGCCGGCGCGCACGAUCAAGCGGCUGCACGAGGCGGGCAUCCUGGUGAUGAACAUGGUCGGGGCGCCCAAGCACGCCGAGAAGGCGCUGCAGGCCGGCGUCGACAUCGUGUGCGCCCAGGGCACCGAGGGCGGCGGCCACACGGGCGACAUCGCCAACAGCAUCCUGAUCCCCGCGGUGUGCGACGUGGCCAAGAAGUACCGCUCCCCGCUGACGGGCGAGCCGGCCCUGGUCGUCGCCGCCGGCGGCAUCUACGACGGCCGCAGCCUGGCCAGCUCGCUGAUGCAGGGCGCCGUGGGCGUGUGGGUGGGCACGCGCUUCGUGGCCGCCGAGGAGAGCGGUGCCAGCCGCCUGCACAAGGAGGCCGUGGUCAGCGCGGGCUUCACCGACACCCUGCGCACGCUGGUGGUGUCGGGCCGGCCCCUGCGCGUGCGCCUCAACGACUACGUCGCCAAGUGGGAGGCCCAGCCCGAGCGCAUCCGCGAGCUCACCGACAAGGGCAUCGUGCCCAUGGCCUACGACCUGGAGCGGGAGGCCGACAUCGACGUGCCCUUCCUGAUGGGCCAGGUCAGCGCCAUCAUCAAGGACAUCAAGCCCGCCCGCCAGAUCGUCGAGGAGAUGGUCACCCAGGCCGUGGACAUGUUGAAGCUCGGCAGCACCUAUAUCGAGGCCGGGCCGAGGAGUAAAUUGUGA